AUGGCUGCGCGUUCAAGAUCAGGCACUGCAAAUGCAGCACCGGGAACCAUUGUGCCCGCUCAGCUUGGCUUCCUCGCCAUCUUCAACCCCACGCUGGGCAACACCGACGAGACUAUCGAAGACCAAAUCGUUUACUAUGCUUCGGUUACCACCCAAGCCUCGCAGAACAAGCGCCGACGUACUCGUGGCCAACCGACCCAAAACAUUUCUCCAGAAGAGCGCAAUGAGCGUUUGCGCCAGAUCGGCCUUGCCCAGGGCAUGGCCAGCUUCAGUCGCGGCUUUGCAAGCGGUUCAUCUGUGGACACCAUUGACACUGAGAAAUCAAGAGUCAUACUGCAUGAACUCGAGCCCGGAUGGUGGAUAUUAGCAAGUAUCGAUCUGACCAAGCUACCUCUCCCUCCUCGACUUGCUACUAAGAAGAGCGACACCGCCGAAGAACGAUACGAAUAUUCCAGCCGAGAAAUGAAACCCGCGAGCCUGUUACUACGCGAUUUACUCCGAGCUCAUAGCAUCUUCCUCCUGCAUCAUGACUCUUCUUUGAGCGCUCUAUUCGUGCGUAAUAGGCGAACCAAGUUCAUCACUAUACUUAGCCGUUACUGGGACCUACACCUUUCAACAUGGAACGUUAUGAUGCAUGGAAACCCAGCCCGUGAUGUAUUUGGCGGUAUUCCCAUUGCUUCCUGUGGUGAACUUGGUGUUGGUGUAGGUGAGGAAGACCGGGGGAGCGGCGAACGAGCCGUACUAGAGGGUCUAGUUGGGAGAAUAGAAGGACUCGUUGACCUAGUUGUCUCCAAAUUCGGCGACUAUGACCCCGAGUCGCCUCCUCCAAAUGACACCUAUGGCGACCCUGAACAGUGGCUAGGAACCGGACGAGAGCCUUCCCCAGACGAUGGUGCCAUCUUCCUAGGCACUGGUGCUCUGUCGAGAAAGUCACUGAGGGAUGUGACGCACUGGAUGGAGGAUCUAUAUACAUGGGGGGAUCACGCAUAUGGAAUUAUAGAAAGCCCAACAUCGGUUCGGCGUGGAAAGAGGAGAAGGGCAGCCGAUCGUGCACAGCAAGCGACACAGGACCAAACGCAAACAGCAGCGACCAGUGAACCCGUGGAGCCUACAGCAGAGGAACAGUCUACAGAUAACUCCAACAAGGAUACGCCACAAGUACAAGCGACUGAAGACGGAAGACUCGAUAAGAUGGUUAGCUACCUCAAAUUGGGCUAUGGUACAUACUGGUCCUUAUCUAGCAGCGGCGCUGGUGCUGAUGCCAGUGCUGGUACUGGCGAUUCUUCAACCGAUAAGCCUCAGAACACGGAUCAAGGCCAUGGCUCUACACAAGAUAUUUCGAAACUUGCUCGUCCCAGCCUAGCAGAGCGCACGCCCUCGUAUGAGGCUGCUGGCCACUACCUUAUCGGUCUCAAGGGUGAGAUCAACGCAGAGUACAGUGGAACUGACAGUGCAAGCUCUGAUGAUGCUGGCGAUGGCGAGCACAAUUCUCGCACCGUUUUACGAACUGUAAACGUCGAGCUAGAGAGCGAGGCUCUGGAUAGGCCAGAGGCUAUAACUGUACGGGAUUUCGAACACCCAGCCAGUGCUCUCACACAGUCACAAGUGGUCGGAAACAUGAUACCUGGCUACGACUCACAUGAUCUCAACAAGGCUAAGAAGCUGCGAGUUGUUGUAUAUGUCAAUCGACCUUUUAUGUUCACCUUUUUGUUCAACCUACGAACCGACUCCCUGGCCAUGGACUCCCUAUAUCGCUCUCUGCACCAUCAGAUCGCCCCUCUUCGCAAGCCCCUUCUCCUUUCAACAAGGUAUCGUCCUGAAAGACCUGGCCUUGAUAGUGGUUCCACAGGUAACAACUCUGGGAACAGUAUCUAUGACCUUGUCUGGGACCCUGUCCUUUUGACUGUUCACUCAUCUUUACCUAACAUCCCUGAGUCUUAUGAUGAUACGGAGCCCUGGUCUCGUCCCGAUGCUCUCAAUACUCACCUCCACCUUGUUAAUCUCUAUAUCGGUACUCGGUCUCGCUCAACCGCUCUCGAGCGCACUGAAAAGUCGAAUCGUGGGUGGUGGGUUGUCUGGACACGUCUUCUCGACCGUCAUGAGGAUACUACUGGUAACAACCUUAAUACCAUUCCUGAAAGCGGUCCUGGUGCUGGCGAAGAGGAAAGGAAGUAUUCUGGACCUGAUUCACACCAUCCGGACGUUGCCAAGGAAAUAUUCCUUAUCCGCCGUGCAAGUGACCACGCCGGCUUCCGUGCAGAUGCCACUGAGGGCGCAGGCAAGCUGGCUCAAGGCAUCGGUGUCGAUACACGCCGCUACGUGGAGGAGCUGUUGAACCUGUUGUAA